AUGUCGUUCUCCGCACUUCGUACCGUCGCGGGGGGGACCUCGUCCCUGCGCGCGCGUCUCGCUCUCACCGCAGCACCGCGUCUUGCCACCACCCUCACCACUCCUGUCGCACGGCCCUACUCAACGUUCUACAACACCGACGUGGCAGGUCUCACCGAGGAUCAAUUGGAACUUCGUGAAGCAGUGUCCAACUUCUGUGCCGCGGAAUUGCCCUUCGAAACAGCCAAGGCGAUCGAUCGCAACAACGCCGCUCCCAAGGACAUCUGGCGCAAGCUUGGGUCGAUGGGUCUGCUGGGCAUCACCGCACCCGAGGAGUACGGUGGACUUGGGAAAGGCUACCUCGAUCAUACGAUUGUUAUGGAGGAGCUGUCGCGUGCCUCGGGCAGCGUUGCGUUGAGUUACGGUGCUCAUUCCAACCUCUGCGUCAAUCAGCUCAAUCGUCACGGUACGAAGGAGCAGAAGGAGAAGUACCUGCCCGAUCUGAUCAGUGGUGAGAAAGUUGGCAGUUUGGCAAUGUCCGAACCAGGUGCUGGCUCGGACGUCGUCAGCAUGACCACCACCGCCGUCGAAAAGGACGGUGGGUGGGUCCUGAAUGGAGGCAAAAUGUGGAUUACCAACGCACCCAUCUCAUCCACCUUCAUCGUCUACGCCAAAACCGACCCGCGCGCGGGCUCCAAAGGCAUCACCGCCUUCAUCCUCGAGCGCGGCAUGCCCGGCUUCACCACCCUCCCCAAACUCGAUAAAGUCGGAAUGCGCGGUAGCGACACCGCCGAGAUCCACUUUGACAACGUCUUCAUCCCUUCCGAAAAUGUUCUCGGCACCGUCAACCGUGGCGCUGCAGUCCUCAUGUCCGGCCUCGACCUCGAACGUCUCGUCCUCUCCGGUGGCCCGCUCGGCCUGGCUCAGUCUGCAUUCGAUUACUCGGUCAAGUACGCACACGAACGCAAGCAGUUCGGACAACCCAUCGCCGAGUUCCAACUCAUCCAGGCAAAGAUCGCAGAUAUGUACACCAAGAUCAACGCCGCCAGAUCGUACGUCUACGCAGUAGGUCGGGCGUGCGAUGCGGGCAAGAUCAGCAGGAGAGAUUGCGCAGGCGUCAUCCUCUACUCCAGCGACAGAGCUGUCGAGGUCACAUCGGAAGCUAUGCAGAUCCUAGGCGGUAACGGUUAUACGAAUGACUACGGCAUCGAUCGUAUGUGGAGAGACGCUAGACUGUACACUGUCGGCGCGGGUACGCAGGAGAUCAGAAGGAUGUUGAUUGGCAGAGAGUUCAACGUCCAGCUCAAACAGUAG